AUGGCCCGGGCGGCGCUGCCCGUCCUCCUGCUGCCUCUCCAGGCGCCACCGACACCGCCGGGGCCCCUCGCCCGGGCCAAGCUCAGCCGCCGCCACGAGGCCCUGGCCCUCGCCUCCCAGGGGGAGCUCCGCUGGGCCGGGGAAGGAGGAGGCCGGCCCGCCCUCGUCGCCCUGCCCGGCGCCUGCCUGGACUUUGUGUGGGAGAAUGUUGAAGACAAUGAUCCGGCAGUGGACAAACUGAAGCUACUGACUCUAAGCCAGACCCGUGAACUUUCUGUGUAUGAAGUUCUUACAAAGGUGCGAAAAUGUGAAGUGAUGCUCUUGCACAGCUGCAGUGAAGACAGGCUAAAGAAGCUGAUCGAACAAAAAAACAUUAGUUUACCACCAGUCUCUUCUUUGAGAGUGCUCUCAUUUGAAAACAACAGAGCUUUCCUGAUGCUCAACAACUUUAUCGUUGUGCGCCUUGCUUUUCCGGGAGGAGCGCGGGAGGCCGAAGAUGUGGAAGACUGCUUUUUCCUUGACUUGUCACCACAAGUUUUGGAAAGGAUUGUGGAUGCUUCCUUUUGCAGAGGCGUUGUCAUCUUGUUAGAUGAGUCUGGGUGGAUCUAUGUCUUUGAUGCAGUAGAUGGAACGUAUCUGGCCUAUGUUGAUGUUGCUCUCUAUCAAGCAGAGGGGGCAGAAGAGAAGAACCCAGCUGUCCUGUCGCCCCUGACCUCACUGACGGUCUCCCAUGAUCUCAGUGUUGCUGUUAUCACCAACUCCUCAGGCUGUGCUGCGGCGGUUGACCUUGAUUUAUAUUUCAGAGAAUAUCCUGGGCAUUUACUCUGUAAGAGAAAUGUUGACAGCCUCCCUGUAGAACAGCUGAAGGAGAUGGAUGAGGAUGAUCUCAGGAGCUCUGAUUACAGUAUGACACUUCUUAACCAGGCAUUUCGGACAGACAGGUCCUGGAAGGCACACUUAACUUCAUUAUAUGAAAAAACCAAAAGAGUUUAUUUUCCGAAUUUGGUAGCUGAUGUUUACUUGCCUUGGUAUCGACACCAUCUGCAUCUCGAGCACCGUGACUGUAAGGUCCAUGAAACUGCCGAGACCUCCCUUAUUCAGGAUGUCGCUUACGUCUUUUCAAACACAAGGAGGAGAGAUCACAAAACCGCAAAGGAGCGCGACAGGUGGUGGAAGAGCCUGCAUCCAGGAGAGCCGGAAGGCUGCGUGAAAAUGGAAUGCAAGUCUGUGACAGGUUUCAGUGCAUUGUUCACCCUCUCAGGCGAGGGCGAAGGACUGACUCUGGUUCUGUGGGACUUGGAGACUCAAGAUCUUGUGCUUUCUUAUGUGGGCAGGAAUUCCUUCUUUGUGGAAAGCGGCCAAGAGGAGCACUUAAGUCUUAUUCUUUCAGAGCCUGGCCUCUCCUUGGUUCUGUUUGGCUUAACUCAAGAAGAAUUCUUAAACAGGCUGAUAAUCCAUGGAAGCGCCGGCACGGUGGAUUCUCUUUGCCGCCUCAACGGAUGGGGAAGAUGUUCCAUUCCCAUACAUGCCUUAGAGGCUGGCUUGGAGAACCGUCAGCUGGACACUGUGGAUUUUUUCCUAAAGAACAAGGAGAAUCUUUUCAGUCUCACUUCAGCUUGCUCCUUGCAAGACCAGACUUCGAGCACCACAUCAGAUUUUUACUUGAAGAGCGUUGAAGAACUGAGGCCGGCCUUGGACCUGCUUUGUUUGGCAAUCCAAGAAAACGACUCGGAAGCGCAGAGCAAACACUUCUCUGAGCAGCUGCUGAGCCUCACGCUGAAUUUCCUUAACAAACAGCUCUGUGAGAUUUUUGUCCACACGGAAGAACUGGAUGAAAAUCUGAAUGGAUGUGUGAAUAUUUUAACCAGCUACAUCACUAAACUUCGGGCAUUUAUGCUAAAGUUCCCACAUAAGCAGUCCAGCAUCCCAAGCACGCCCUGGGAUCUCGAAGAAGAUGUGCCCGGAGUGCAGCAACGCCAAGCGUGGGAGCAGUGCAGCACAGAGGAAAUUGUUGCCAAUGCUGUUUUAAACAACAAGCUGCCAGAAGCACAGACCUUUUUCCGGAUGACUGGCGAUCCUGCUCAGAAGCUAGAGGAGCUGACUCAGAUAGGGCUGGACCUGGCCUACGGAAGCCUUCGGCAGGGCAACAUCCAAGAAGCCUCCAGGCUCUUAACAAACAUGGGAUUCGAUGUAAUGAAGCAGCUGCACAAAAUAUGUUUCUACACCAGUGAGCAGCCUGUCCGUGACUUCUUGGUGAAAGUAUUGCAAGAGGAAAAUCACUUUUCUGAGGCUGAAAAGGAAACAAUCGACUUUGUAUACCAGGUGGAGAAUGCUUACUCGAGAGUUGGCAGGAAGAAUGCUGAGAACACCCAGUCCAGGCGAUGGGAGAAGGAAAAGGACCCGUCCGCCCACACGGCUGCUUGGGAAGCACUCAUGAAUAGUGAUAAGGACCGAGUUCAUAACAAAGAGCACCGAGUGAUGUUAAGCUGGGCUCAGGCAUGGGAUCACGUCACGCGAGAGAUCGUUCUCCUCCCCACCCGAUUGCCCGAAGAAUUCAAGUCCUGCAAUCCAGAGGUUCUUUGGGCGCACUUGUCAUCCUGGCAUGACUGGGGCAACAUCAGUUUGUGGACUGCAGACUGCCAGUCCCCCGGUGGCUGCACAAACUGGCCAGUGCUGCCCACAGAGGCUCUUGACAGAAGUACCCUUUGCAGCGGUUACAUGAGGAAUGAAAUAUUGGACCACCUGGCUAGAAAUGGGAUUUUUGCACCAGCAGAACUAGAAGAUUUCGAGUGCCUUCUUCAAAGACUGACUCAUGCUGGAGGAGUGAUGCAGAAUCCACAGCCCAUCCCAGAAUUCUCGUCUCCGGCGGGCUUAGAUUUCCACGCCUGCUUUGUCCUUUACUGUUUAGACCACGGGCUGAACCACCUUCUCUACACUUAUUUAGACUAUUAUCGCUUAUCGCCUUCAAACUGCCCCAUUUUGGGCGAUCAGGCGCUACACGAAGCUCAUCCUUGGUUUGAAUUCCUCGUGAGGUGUCGAGACAUCGCCAGCAAUCCCGGAGAUGCAGAGAUGGUUUAUCAGGCUAGUCUGGCAAAUGCCCAAAUCUUGAUUCCCAGUAACCAGGCCAGCGUGAGCACUAUGCUGCUGGAAGGACGGACGCUUCUGGCCCUGGCGACUACAAUGUAUGCUCCGGGAGGUAUUGACCAGAUUCUUCAGAGUGGGAGUGGAGGAGGGAGCCCUGCCCAAAAUGUGGACACCCAGCUGGUCAGGAUGGCUCUUGCUCCUUACCCCAAGCUCAAAGCCGCCCUCUUCUCUCCGCUGACCUCUCAUGGCACGUUGCCCUCCGACGUCUCUCUGUACCAUCUUGUUCAGGCAUUAGUUCCAUUUGAUCCUGCUAAACUGUUUGGCUGGCAGCCGGCAAAUUCACUUGCCAUGCCUGAUGCCGGGAGUGCCCUUCCUCACUUCUCCUGCCCCAAACUCAUCAACAAAUACGCUGUGAUCGAGCGGCUGGACUUCUGCUACUACCUGAGGCACGAGCGCCCCUCCUUCGCUUUUGGGGUCUUCUUAGUCCAGCAGCUGAUAAAGAGCAAAACCCCGAAGCAGCUGGUUCUGCAGGCCGGUCACGAAGCCUAUGCUUUGGCCCUCUCUCUCUUCCACGUUCCAUCCAUGGCUGCUGCCUGUGUCUGUUUUCUGGAAUUGCUGGGCCUGGACAGCCUCAAGCUCCGGGUGGAUGUCAGAGUGGCAAACGUCAUCCUGAGCUUCAUGUCUCGAAGAGAGGAGCCGCAGCACGACUCCAUCCGGGAGUCCUUGGUUGAAAAACUGGCAGAGCUGGUGGAGGGAGUAAAAACAGCUGCAGAAGAGCUCCUGGUUUGCUUGGAGGAAGCUGUUUGGGAUAAGGUCGAGCAUCAGAACAUCAAGAAGACAUCCAGCAGUGCCCGGAAGCAGUGGUCAUUAGUGGUCCAGUUCUGCAGGCUCCACAACCUCAAGCUGAACACCUCCUACCUGAAAGAGUGCGCCAGGUCGAAUGAGUGGCUGCAGUUUAUUGUUGAGGCCCAAAGGUACAACUACCAGCCAGCCGAGGUGCUGGCCAUCCUCCCUGACUUCGCCCCUCCUCUGCGGGACCAUUUGAGGCUGGCCUUUGAGAGCUUGCAGCCCCCCCUCCCUGGAGUAGGAGGCCAGGGGGGCAGCCCCACCAGCAAUCUCUUCCACAUCCUGCUUCGGUGCCAGAACCAGCCCCACCCUUGGCGCUACCUCCUGGGCGAAACCCUGACGCACUGCGCUCCUGUCCUGAGUGUGCUUGCAGCCUGCUGCCAGGAGGCCAACAUCCUCCAUUGCCUCUGUGUUUGGAUAAUCUCUUCUCUGGAUGGCUCCACCAUGGAUGAAGUGACCGACCACAUCAGAGGCUCCGUGGAAGCCCACGAGUGGGAGCUUCAGGACUUGGCCACCCUCUGGCAGGUCCUUUUAAGGAGGCAAAAAGUUAGAACUCUUCUGAGUGGUUUUCAGCUCUUUCUGAAGGAGUCUGCCUUGCUGACGGCGCUUGAGGUGUACGAAUUGUGCAUGGACUACAGAAAUUACCCCGAAGCUCAGACCAGACUCCUUAAGCUUCACGCGAGUCUUUCGAAAAUGGUCUCUAACCAACUUCAGGCCGCAGAGGAAGAGUCGCCUCCCCUUCUGCCUGUGCUGUGGUUGAAGUCUCAGGUCUUGUUUCUCCUGGAGCUGAUGCUGCAGCAGUGCAGGACGCAGUACGAGUUACGGAAACUCCUUCAGAUUUUUGCUGACACGGACACUGUUCUCCCUUGCGGGCCAGAUAUGAAGAAGCUGAGUGCCCUCUGCUGGAUCCUGAAGGACUCAUCUGUCUCAUUCAGCCGUGCCCUCCUAAGCAGUUACACUCCUGGGAACUUCUCAAACGAGUGCAGAAGAAUCCUGGAGCAGCUUCAGGAGAGGAGCUUGUUUUCUGUGGCACGGGACGUGGCAGCAAUGGCCGAGCUGCCUGUGGAUGAUGUUGUUGUCCAAGAGUUGCUCCAGAAUUUGCAUCUCUUGCAACAGAGCGGCCACUGGCCUCAGAAGCAGACGAGGAUUGAAUUUUGGAAGAAAUGCCAGGAGAACUUUGUGAGAAAUGGGGUGUUGAAUCAAACAGCCUUUGAUUUCUUCUCUGCUCAGGCAGACGCGGUGUCUGAGUCCCUGGACAACGAGGGAAUGGCCCCUAUUCAGGAGAGGCGGCUUCUUCUCACGCUGGCUGGCCACUGGCUAGCCACCAGCAAUCCAGUUCCACUGGAUGAACUGGAGGAGACGGAGAGGAAAAUCUGGCUUUGUCACAUCGCCCAACAUACCUUGAGCCAGGGUUCUGGGCCAGCCAAGGAUCGCUUCUCUCACCAGAUUUCCCUGAGUGGCGAACUUUCCUUUGAUGCCCUAGCCAAAGAGUUCUCUUUUUCCAAGCUUCCUGCCCUGAGCUCCCCCAAGUACCUGCGUCUGGAGCACUUGCCUUCCCAAGAGACAUCGUGGACCACCCUUCCAGACGCUGACCUGGAAUCCCUGAGUUUCUUGAUUGGGCGCCUUCUGGAUGAGGGGAGGGUGCACGAAGCCAGCCGCGUGUGCCGGUACUUCAGCUUCUACAGCCGAGACGUGCUGCUGGUCUUGCACUGCAGAGCGCUGGCGGCCGGGGAAGCCUUGGGCAACGACUGUCACCCGGAGAUCCGAGCCAUCCUUGCGAGGAGAGAAGAGGAAGAGGAGGAGGAAGGGGACCGGGAGCUUCAGAACAGGCAACCACAGAGCACCUCCAGCCUGGAGUCCUGGUCCUUCAUGGGGGUCCCCUAUUCAGACGAUAAGGUUGUGGGCAGCCUGCAGGACCUGACGGCUGAGUGCAUGCACGGGCGGAACUACUGCCGGCAGGUCCUCUGCCUCUACGAACUGUCCAAGGAGCUGGCCUGCUCGUUCAGCGAGAUCUCCGCCCAGGACGCUGAGAAGCUGCUGCGGGCCAUCUUGUCCUCUCAGCAGCCAGACAGGUGCAAGAAAGCGCAGGCGUUCAUCACCACCCAGGGGCUGGAGCCGGAGGCAGUGGCGGAGCUGGUGGCUGAGGAGGUCUUGCGGGAGCUGCUGGCCCCUUCGCCAGGGGAAGGGGGGCAAAACCCCAUUCUGAAUCCGGCAGAGGAGAGCCAGUCGUUCUUGCAGCUGGCCAAACUCUGCCCGGACUGCACUCUGGUGGGCGUGAAGCUCCUGGAUAGAAUUUCUUCCGUGCCACACGGGGAACUUGGCUGCACUACGGAGCUGCUGAUUCUUGCCCACCGCUGCUUUAGCUUGACCUGCCACAUGGAAGGGAUCACGCGUGUCCUCCAAGCCGCCCGGCUGCUCACCGAUGAACAUUUGGCGCCCAAGGAGAAGUAUGGCCUCAUGGUUCGCCUUCUGACUGGAAUCGGCAGAUACAACGAGAUGACCUACAUCUUCGACCUGCUGCAUGAAAAACAUUACUUUGAGGUGCUGAUGAGGAAGAAAUUGGAUCCGAGUGGGACCCUCAAGACGGCCUUGCUGGACUACAUCAAGCGCUGCCGCCCCGGGGACAGUGAGAAGCACAACAUGAUCGCGCUCUGCUUCAGCAUGUGCCGAGAGAUCGGGGAAAACCACGAGGCAGCAGCCAAUGUGCAGCUGAAGCUCAUCGAGUCCCAGACGUGGGAGGAGAGCCUCCAGGACAUCCCCAACCUGAAGAAGCAUCUGAUGAGAGCCCUCACCCUCUUCCUGGAUGCGGCAGAAAGCUUCUCCAAGGACUUCUGUGUGCGCCAGUCCCUGCGCUGCAGCCGCCUGACCAAGCUCAUCACCCUGCAGCUCCAUUUCCUCAGCACCGGCAGCAGCCCCAGCACCAAGCUGAUCAACCUCCGCCAGCAGGAUCUGCUCGAGUGCAUUGUCAGCCUGCCCCGCUUCUACCAGGCUGCCAUUGUGGCCGAUGCCUACGACUUCAUUCCGGACUGGUCGGAGGUCCUGUAUCAGCAGGUGAUUGUCAAGGGUGACUUCAGCUACCUGGAGGAGUACAAGCAGCGAGGCCUGCUGAAAGCCAGCACCUUUGAGGACAUUGCCCAGAAGCUGAAGCAGCACCCCAGCAGCACUGCUGCUCCUCUCAAGAACCUGAAGAGGCUUCUGACUUACUGUGAGGACAUCUCCGUGUACUACAAGCUGGCUUACGACCACCAGCUCUACGACGUGGUGACGAUGCUCCUGCAGGACCCCCAGACAGGCUCCUGCUUGAAUGACCUUCUGGCAAACUAGGCCGGGCACCGGAAGGACAGCUGGAGCCGCGGGAGAGCCAGCCCCGGCUUCAGCACCUGGGACAGGAGGGGCUUGCUCUUUCCCCCCACAGCUAGUAUUGGCUGCUGCACUCAGCACAGACUUUUGAAAAGAAGGAUUUGUUUGUGCAAAGAGACUGCAGGCCUUCAUGCCCGGAGCUGCUGCUGUUGCUCUGAGCGACCCCUUGGCAAGGGAAGCGGGAAAUGGGAGGCUUUUGCUGCUGGGUUUCCACAUGCAGGGUGCUGGUCACCCCCACCCCUUUUAAUGCAACUGGUCUGUGGGGUUUUGAGGACACUUUGUUUAAAAAUGUGCUUUCUAAACAUCUAACCUUCCGUGGUUUAGAGAGACCCUUGACCUCA